UCGCGCUGCAGGCCGCCAUUUCUCGGAGUCCUCCGAAGAGCCGCCCCCUCCUCAGCCUCGCUCAGGACCUCUUCCUGCUGGCCGCCGGUGCUCCGCGCCCCCUUUGCCGUCGCGCCGCCGUCUCCAACCCAGUGACAAAAAAUGCUGAGCUUCUUCCGGAGAACACUUGGGCGUCGGUCAAUGCGUAAACAUGCUGAGAAGGAAAGACUUCGAGAGGCACAACGAGCUGCCACACAUAUUCCUGCAGCUGGAGAUUCUAAGUCUAUCAUCACAUGUCGGGUGUCCCUUCUGGAUGGUACUGAUGUUAGUGUGGACUUGCCGAAAAAAGCCAAGGGACAAGAACUGUUUGAUCAGAUUAUGUACCACCUGGACCUUAUUGAAAGCGACUAUUUUGGUUUGAGAUUUAUGGAUUCGGCACAAGUAGCACAUUGGUUGGAUGGUACUAAAAGUAUCAAAAAGCAAGUAAAAAUUGGUUCACCCUAUUGUCUGCAUCUUCGAGUUAAGUUUUAUUCCUCAGAACCAAAUAAUCUUCGUGAAGAGCUAACCCGGUAUUUAUUUGUUCUUCAGUUAAAACAAGAUAUUCUCAGUGGAAAAUUAGAAUGUCCCUUUGAUACAGCAGUUCAGUUAGCAGCUUAUAAUCUGCAAGCUGAACUUGGUGACUAUGAUCUUGCUGAGCAUAGUGCUGAACUUGUCUCUGAGUUCAGGUUUGUGCCCAUUCAGACUGAAGAGAUGGAACUGGCUAUUUUUGAGAAAUGGAAAGAAUACAGAGGUCAGACACCAGCACAAGCUGAAACCAAUUAUCUGAAUAAAGCCAAGUGGCUAGAAAUGUACGGGGUUGAUAUGCAUGUGGUCAAGGCUAGAGAUGGGAAUGACUAUAGUUUGGGAUUAACCCCGACAGGAGUCCUUGUUUUUGAAGGAGAGACCAAAAUUGGCUUAUUUUUUUGGCCCAAGAUAACCAGAUUGGAUUUUAAGAAGAAUAGAUUAACCCUGGUCGUUGUAGAAGAUGAUGAUCAGGGCAAAGAGCAGGAGCAUACAUUUGUCUUUAGACUGGAUCAUCCAAAAGCAUGCAAGCAUUUAUGGAAAUGUGCUGUGGAGCAUCAUGCCUUUUUCCGCCUCCGAGGCCCUGUCCAGAAGAGUUCACAUCGAUCAGGAUUUAUUCGACUAGGAUCACGAUUUAGAUACAGUGGGAAAACUGAGUAUCAGACCACAAAAACCAAUAAAGCAAGAAGAUCAACAUCCUUUGAAAGAAGGCCCAGCAAACGAUAUUCUCGACGAACUCUACAAAUGAAAGCAAGUAUAACAAAACCUGAGGAACUCAGGUGAGUAAUGUCUU